ACCUGUGGUCAGAAUGGAGUGUCACAGACGAGAUCCAAGUUCAGUGAGAGAAAGAAAAAUGGACCUCCUUUUCCUUUGCCUCUUCGUUUUGAUGAUCAGCAGCAGCAGUAGCCAGUUAACAAAAUCUGGGUGCGGUGCAAAUUACAGACGUCCAGAAUACACCGACAUUUCAGUGGACUGUGGCACAACGUACAUCAGCCUGUCUAUCCUGGCUUGCCCUGUGGCCUACACGGGGUACAACGAGUCCCUACUCAUUCUCAACCACAUUGAUUACGACCCCUCAUGCCAAGGCACCCUGGAUGAGAGUGUCACUCCUCCUGUCGUAAGAUUCACCUUCCCCAUCAACUCCACCACGGCCUGUGGAAGCAUCUUCAGGACCACCAGCACCGCAGGCACGGGAGUCUUUUCAGACUUCUCCAACAUUCAGACGGUCAACGUUAGCGGUGUGGUCCGCUCACACGAUGUCACCACCGGCACGGUAACCUACAAUGCUGAGCUGAAGUAUUUUUACUCUUGUGCCUAUCCUUUGGAGUACUUCAUCAACAAUACCAAGAUUGACGUGUCAUCAUCAUCCAUUGCUGUGAAGGAUAACAAUGGCAGUUUCAUCAGCACCUUGAACCUGGAGCUAUUCAGUGAUGUAAACUAUACCAAACGACUUGUUAUCCCAAAUGCGGGAAUUGAACUGAGGACAGAUAUUUAUGUCCAAGUCAAGGCCACCAAUUUGACCUCCCAGUACCAUGUGCUCCUGGAUCGAUGCUAUGCGUCAAUUUCUCCCCAGCCUACAAACUCCACCUUUUUUAACCUCUUUGUUUCAGUUUGCUCCAGAGACCAGAUGACCACGAUGGUGGAAAAUGGAGACAGCCAGCAUGCCAGGUUCUACUUCCCUGCCUUUCGUUUCAUAGAGCAGCAGAACCAGACCAUCUCCACCUACUAUCUCCACUGCAUCACACGACUCUGUGAGCAGAGCACCUGCGGCCAAUUCAAGAGCUGUCCUGGAUCAGGCAAGAGGAAAAGAGACACUUUAUCCCAAGCUACCCUUCAGGAGGGUGUGACUGACUAUACAACCAUCUCAUCUCCAGCAAUCAAAACCAAAGCUGACUCCAUGGUAUCAUCGAAAGAAGAAGAGCUCACCAGCAGUAAACAUGGUUCCAACUCUUCUGUGGGUCUGGGAGUUGCAGUGGGCGUUCUGGCUGCAGCUUGUGUUGUUGUCAUUGGUAUGGCAGCCUUCUUCUACAAGAGACUGCGCCCUGGCUCAAACAAGUUGUUCCAGAGUUAAGGUCAGACUGGGCAGUUCUCCUAGUUGCUGUGACCGGGAUGAAAGGUCCCCACGGUUUGGCUAUGAAGAGUUUCCGAGCCAGAGGAGACACAGUCGAGCUAACUUACUGCUUAAGGCUAUUUCACAUUGUCUUUGACAAUAAGAUUGAGGUAUUGGGGAAUUAGUGUUGUUAGUUGUAGAUUCCUGCACAUGCAACAUACAGUAUCUGUGGAUAUAAAUCAGUCAUACUGAACAGUAGGAGUGGUAUUGAAUUUUAUUUGUUGACAGGGUAGCCAACUUCCUACCCUUCCACCGAGUAUAUUGUGAAGGGGGCACAUUUGGAAAGUUUCUUUGAUCCAAAAUAACAUUUCCAAUGAAAUGGCACCAAUUUUAACAUGCUUUUGUUAAUCACAUUAAAAAAAGCAAAUGUUAGCGCAAGCAAAAACAACGACUGCUGAUUUUGAAAGUGAGUUUGAAUGUUUUGGAAGUUGUAUUCAGUGGCCAGUGUGCAAUGCUGAAAGUGUUAAUUGUGCUAUUUAUUAAAGUUCAUUAUGUUUUACCUCACUUACCCAUAUUAUUUUUUCAUCACAUCAUUUAAACAUUUUGGUCAUUCUACAAUACCACAUACCCCCUUUAGAAAUACAACAUGCAAUCUGAAAAACAUACAUAAACGGCAGUGCCUAUGGUAUGUUUACUGUAUGUACAAUAUGGCAUUGAUUGUUUGGCAGUCUUUAAAUAAUAUUAUUGUACCAGCUUUUCUGAAACUGUUUUACCUUCAAUGAGAAGGAUUUCUAAAUGCCAGCUGUUUCUAUCUUAUUCCAACCUCAUGUGCAAGCAUCAACAUUAAAGGCUGA